CACCUCCGCUGGUUGCCGUGGAGACAGCAGAUCACUCGUGGUCGACUUGGGUGUCCUGGUCUUAAUCCUGCUGCCGAUAAUCUGCUUGUUCUCAAGAAAGACUCAGUUUGUUGGAGCUCCAACUUCUGACGCCACCUGUGAGAGUACGUUUUGGAAACAUUUCUCUUCAGUGGAAUGUCAGCAAAUCAACCGGUUGGUGACGUCAUAGAAGUUCCGUCCGGUUUGGUUUCUUUGGAAACCAGUAUCCUCGAUUUAGGCCAGGACCAACGAACCGAACGGAAGUUCUGCUGUGAUCAGGUGGAGGUGCGCUGUUCACACCUGGACCCACGUGAUGGUCGGAACCGAGCUGCGCUGAAGGAAACAGGUGACCGACAGGAGCGCCAUGGCAACGCCCCGGCGGAGGACACGCCCCCCGCAGCGCCAGCUCACCUGCUUACUCACAAACAGAUCAGAUCAGAUGGAAACCUUCUUGUGUUGAUCAUUCCAUGAGGUAGACUGGACUGUCCCGGACCCGACAGAAGAGAAGAUUUUGACUGCCAACAAACCAAUGGUGAGGACGGAACCAAACAAGCGUUUCUCUCUGGAAACCAACCGGUAUUCACUCAUAGGAGGAGUUCUGCAGUAUUUACGGACUCUUUGGACCUCAGAACCAGCAGAGAACACCGCCGGCUGACGGUCAGUUCUCUACCAAACAGCGGUUGGAUCCAAACGGGUUCUGUCUGCUCCAUGACGUACUCGGUGGAACGCCGCUGACCUCCAAACACGAUGACGGAUGUUCUGAGAGUUCUGUACGCGGUUCUCAUGGUUCUGUCGAGCGCCGCCUGCAUCUGUGGGAACCUCCUGCUUCUGCUGGUUCUGCUCCUCAACAAAGAGCUGUGGUCCGACACGCUGGGCUUCACGCUGAGCCACAGCCUGAGCGACCUGGCCCUCGGACUCUCCACCAUGCCCUUUGGGGCCCACAACGCCCUGUUCUGGCCCAGCGGACCCCCCGGUGAGGGCCUCCUCUGUCAGGGCAGCGGCUUCCUGUUCCUCCUCCUGCAGGUUUCUUCGGUCCACUCUCUGGCCUGGGCCACAGUCGACAAGUUCACCGAGAUCUGCUUCGCUCUCAGCUACAGCCGGAUCUGGACCGGCCGCCGAAGUCUGGCUGUGCUGGUUCUGGUCUGGCUGUUCUGCCUCGUCAGUGCCUCUCUCCCGCUACUGGGAUUCGGCAGCUACUCCUACAGCGAGUCGCGGUUCCUCUGCUGCCCAAAGUUCAUCCGGAGCAGCAGCUUUGUGUUGCUGUGGACGGUGGCGGGCGUCGCGGCGCCGAUCCUCGCCGUGUGCUGCCUGUACGGAUACAUCGUGUACGUGGCUCUAAAACAAGCCAAGAGAGGAACCUUCAUGUGCAACGAGCUGCACUGUUUCUACGUUCCCGCCAAAAACUACCUGAGGAGCUCCAUCGUCAUGGUCGCCACCUCAGGCUGCCUGCUGCUCUGCUGGCUGCCGUACAUCUCAGCUGUUCUGUACGAGACCUUCAGCGGUCAGCAGAGUCCGUCUGCCACUGCAACCUUCUCCACCUGGCUGGUUCUGACCGGGUCAGCUCUGAACCCCUGGAUUACCUGCAUGACCCAGGCCAGGUACCGGGUCGCCGCGUGGCGAGUCGUCACUCGGACUCUUCAGAAGUGCCGUGGGACGUCUCUGCAGUCCCGAUCCUGGACCUCCGACAUCCACCUGAACCAUCGGUUCAGCCCAACUAACAGCUCCACAAAAACUGUGAGCAUGGACCCCCACGACCACACAGAUGCCCCCUCGUCGUCAGUCCAGACACCGUUGCAAUGCGUUUAAAGAGAACUCUGGGAAAUGCAGUCCACACAAGCGACAGCACUCCAGAACCUGACAGCAACUAGCAGAACUUUACAGAACCCAACAGAAAUGCAGCUUAGUAGUUGUGCUAGUGCAUGGACCGGGUCAAAUCACUCAUCCAGAACUAUGUGAUACCAAAUGGAAAAAACAGGUCCUCCUGCCCCAAUUAGACAACUAUUUAUCCUCUUCUUGUAUAUUCUGGUCAUAAAGACCUUCAAGUUCUGGACUUUUGGUCAAAUGUGAUUCAUUUUCUACAAAGACAUUAAUAUGGUGUAAAACUCUUUAAGACCAGAUCCAGAUCACUGAUGUUUCAAGUCUUGCAGUGACCUCUGGAUGUUCAUGAAAACCACCUCACAGCUCAGAUUUGUUUAACGUGUUACGAUGAAGAAGUAUAAAGUAUAAAGUUACUUUCAGCU